GUUGGGAUUGAGAGCAGCCCUUCUGUAAUGUACUGUCCUGCUCUGACUCUCACCUGCUGCUUGCUACGUCUCUAACCGGGAUUGAUUGUGAGUGGGGCCCGGGAUUUGCAGCUCCCCAUGUAUUCCCAGAACCCAAUCUGGAUGCUGGCCUGGGCGCUGAUAUUCCCAGGUAUCAGUGGUGUUGCUGCCGUUGAUAUUUACACCAGUGGGAAUAUUGAAGCUCGGAAUGGCACAGAGAAACGUCUGAAAUGCACCUUUCAGUCCAGUUCUCCUGUCAGCAAGCGAACCACUGUCACCUGGCACUUUCGACGCCCUGACAGCAGCAAUGAGGAGUCUGUCUUUUACUAUCACGAGGAGCCAUUUCCACCUUCUGGAGGUCGUUUUAAGGAUCGUAUAUCCUGGUCUGGCAACAUUUGGAAAAAGGAUGGAUCGAUCACGAUCAGUAACCUGCAAUUCACAGACAAUGGAACCUUUUUGUGCAGUGUGAAGAAUCCACCAGAUGUACAUGGUGUCGCUGGAGAAAUCAAGCUGAGUGUUGUCCAUAAAGUCACGUACUCGGAGAUGAUGAUCCUGGGGAUUGUGAUUGGCUGUGCCACUGGCCUGGUCGUGCUGAUUGUCAUCGCUGUGGUUGGUGUUCAACUUCUCCGUAAGAACCGGGCGCAGCAGGAGGAGGACGAGAUGGAGUAUGAGGAGGAGAAGGAACUCAAUUACGAACAUCAGAAUGGGAUGGAACUGCAGAAAUCAGACCAUGAACCAGAGCUUCUGAUGGAAGGAUCCGAGACAGCAGCAGUCUCCUGACAAACCGCACCAAGGAGGUCAAUUUCUGAACCAAGUUUGAUUUUAACAAGAGAAGAAGCAAAAUUCUAAAACCGAACCACCCAUCUCUUUACCUGUUGUAGAGAGAGAGAGCAUUUCAGAUUCCAUUUCCCUUCUGUUCUUUUACUGUUUUGAUGAAGCUCAUGAUGUUGCACACACUGGAUUCUGUGUAGAUUUCACAGUCUAACCCCAAUCUACAGCAGCUCAACAUGAGUGUAAACCUUGGACUGUCAAUAUUUAUUGGUAAAUCUAUGGAGAAAAUCAGGGAGUGCAGUUGUUAUGAUCCAGAUCAAAUCCCUACAGUGUGGAAAUAGGCCCUUCGACCUGAAGGUUAAAUUCCAUCAGGUCAGUUAAAAAAUUUAAUUUGCUUUUAGUAAAUUUGGAAAUAAAGAGCUGGUCUCGGAACCGUGAAAUAAUAACCCAAUUGGAAAAACCCAACUUACCAAUUCAUGUCCAUUAGGGAAGGAAGCCUGUGAAUGUCACUCAGUCUGGAUGAUGCAUGACUCCAGAGUUAUACCAAUGUGAUUCCCUCAUGAUGCUCCUCCUACAAGUGACUGACAGAGGAACUGCAUUUGGACUGCAAUGUUUAAGAAAACAGCCUAUCACCCACAUUCUGAGCAUUAGUUAUUUAUAAAGUUCCAGAUUGGGAGAUUUUCGUCACGAUGUGAAUUGCGCCAAGAGCAAACUUUCACUUCCUUCCUCGGCAUCUUUCUAUCCAAUUUUCUUUUUUUCAAUUUAUUUUCUUCAACUUAGUCUCUUCUGGAGGUAGGUAUUGGCUGAGGAUUGUUUGUUGCUCUGACUCUUCACCCUGCCAUAGCUUCCCAUUCCUUGUGCAGAGCUGAAAUCACUGGAUCCUCCUCCUGCCAUUCCAUGUUACAGUGCACAGAACGCAACAUUAAAAUAUUUUCCAAACUCCCACUGAUAUAGGCCGAGCCUGUCCAACCUUUCCUCAGAAAGUAGCCCACUCAUUUCCGGGCAUUAAUUUAGUAAACCUUCUCUGAAAUACUGCCAACAAAUUUGCAUAUUUCUAUAAAUUAGCCCUUGACCGUACCCGGUACUCUCCAAUGCCCUGUAUAAUUUAAGCAUAACCUUCCUAAUUUUGCAUUUGAUUUGGCUUGUAAUAAACUGUAAUGCUCUUGAGUUUUGAGAAGAUGUUCUUAUUGUAAUAUUCUUAUUAGCUUCAUACUUACUUGCUGUACCUGCAUACUAACCAAUAUACUUCAUACUCUAGGCCAUCCAGAUCCCUGUGCACCUCACCGCUCUGCAAUCUCUGUUUAGAAAGUAUGCCUCCUUUUUAUUUUUCCUGCUAAAAUAGACCUUUCACAUUUACCAUAUUAUGUUCCAUUUGCCAGAUCCUUGCCUGCUCACUUAACCUCUCAAUGCUCCUUUUAAACCUCCUUAUGUCAUCUUUGUUUUCUUUCUUACCUGUUCUUUGUGUCAUCAACAAAUUUAUCUCCAUUCAACCCCUUCCAUCAGUUUAUUUAUAGAAAUUAUAAACAGUUGAGUUCGCAGCACUGACCCCAGUGGCACAGCAUUCAUCACACCUUACCAACCAGAAAAUAACCCAUUUAUACCCAAUAUCUGCUUCCUGUUAGCCUUAUAUCCAUGCCAAUAUGUUACUCGCUACAUAGUGAGCAUUUCUUUCCUAAAUAACCUUUGAUGUAGCAUUUUAUCAAAUGCCACUUGGAAUUCUAAUUAUAGUACAUCCACUAGCACCCUGUUCCAUUGCACAUUACUGCCUCCGAGAACUCUAAUAAAUUUGUUAAACAUAACGUUUCUUCCUCCGAACCAUGUUUACUUUGCCUGAUUACCUUGAAUUUUUCUAUGUGCUCUGACACAACGUAUUUAAUAAUAGCUUCCAGUAUCUUCCCUACGGUGGAUGGUAUAAAUGCACCAAUUAUCUCACUGGCCAUUUCUUCCAAAGCCCACGGGAUGAAGUCCAUCAGGACUUGGGGUCUUGUCAAUCUCCACCUUCAAUGAUUUGCUCACUUCUCUUGUGAUGGCAAUUUUCUAGAGUUCCUUCCUCUGUUCCAGUUUGUGAUUUAUUUCUAGGAUGUUACUGAUGCCAAAUACUUGUUGAUUCAUUGCCAUCUCUUUAUUCACCAUUAUUCAUUUUGUUAAUUUGUUUUCAUUUUAAAUAUCUACAAAAGCUCUUGGGUGUUUUUAAAAAAUUAUAGCUAGCUUUCUCUCAUACUCUAACUUACUCUUACUUAUGUAUUGUUUGUCAGCAUCCUUUGCUAUGCUGUAUAUUCAGAUCCUGAUCCCAAGAAAGAUUCAUCAGUAAUGAGGGCAUGGCUGUUUGUUAGAUAGUUUGCCAAAUGUCUUAUAGAUAUUUUCUAAAAGCAAUUUAGGUUGCUGUUUGUUCUUUCUUUGUGUUAAUGCUGAGGGAGGUGAGGGAUCAGGUGUCAGUGUUAAAGGAUGUGCAUUGAAAAGUGAGAUUUCUGUAAAUAUUGAACUGUUUUAUUUUCAAAUAAUCCAGAGAAUUUUAUAUGUGUAAAAGAUUUAUACUAUUUUUAUUCAAAUGCUAUGACUUUGCUAUGUAUUAUAUAAUAGGCACAUUUUCACAUUUACAA